CGAUGGUCUAGUUUUCUGCGUCGUAUAACACGGCACAAUACUUCAUGCAUGCUUCGCUGCUGGUCGGGAGCUCAACCUUCUAGCUGUCCUCCCCACGUGAUCCUAAGAAGCUGUCGCGAAUAGGAAGAGAACUAUUCAAGCCUCUUUGAAUAAGCGCUGUUAUUGCUCUUCGUAGCGCUAUCGGGCCAUUAGGCUACCGGCGGGCUGUCAUCCCUUUUCGUUGCAAUGGACAGCGAUGACGACAAUUUCUUCGACGCUGAGGACGCGUUUGAUGACGGAGGCCCAUCGUCAUUGGGCGCUGGCCAGCUUCACCCGUCCGUCGAGGUCCCCGGUGCAAGGACCUCGCCGACGGUCGUUGCGAAACCCUCCACGGAAGGAGCAUCAGACGAUCCACCACAGGGGCCAUUUCCCCUUCACAGGGCUGCUUGGUACGGCCAGGUGGACUUAGUCCAGCGGCUGGCAGCGGGCAUGACCAGGGAGGAGCUCAAAGCGCACGACAGCCAGGGCAACACGGCCCUCCAUGUGGCAGUCAUGCGGCGCCAGGCGGCGGUGGUUUCGGCGCUGCUGGCUGCGGGGUGUCCCGCGGGUCCGCGCAACGCCCGCGGCUGGGUUCCCAUGAUGGAGGCGGUGGAGCUGGGGGACCGGGAGCUGGCGCUGCAGCUGGCCAAGGAGGAUGUGGCGCAGAUGCGCGCCGCCGUCAAGUCCAAGAAGCAGCGGUUGCUGGGCGUGCUGCGCUCCCAGCUGCCCGACUUCAGCCUGCAGCUGCGGUGGGAGCUGGGCAGCGCCAUGCCGGGGGUGGGGGCGCUGGUGAGGAGGUACGCGCCGCACGACACGUACACGCUGUGGAAGAAGGGCGGCCGCAUCCGCGUGGACGGCACACUGAUGGGGCUGGACGACGGCAGCGGCGGCGCCUCCUCCCCCUCGGGCGGCGGCGGCCCUUCGCUGCUGCCCGCCUGGAAGCGCGGUGCCUUCUCGCUGCUGUACGACGCCAGCGGGGCUGAGGGGCGCGGGCGCGCGCUGUUCGUCAACCACACCAAGAAGACCUACAUUGACAUUAAAGCCGCCCGCAAGCAGCUGGGCGGUGACGAGGGCGGUGUGCUGGAGGCGGAGGUGGACUGCCUGAUGACCAGCGAGGUGCUGCAGCACAAGAAGCUCCGUUCCGACGGCUUCCGCUUCAAGCCGGUGUCCGGUUGGCUGUCACGGGAGGUGUGGGAGAAGGUGGAGGGCUGGAGGUGCAGGCUGUACGAGGCAGCAGGCCGGCUGGUGGCUGUGUCGCAGUACAAGAUGCCGUACGGUCUCACCCCCGACAUGUCGUACGACGACUACCUGGCCGCCUCCUUCGAUUCGGACCCCGUGGUGAUGUCGCCCGUCAACCCGCUCAACCCGGCCACGCUCAAGGAUCGCGGCAUGAAUCCCGAGAAGGCGGCCGCCAAGGCAGCGGUGGCCGCCAAGCACCAGCGUAUCGCAGCAGCAGCGGCGGCGGCCAAGAAUGAGGAAGCGGCGCGCGUGGCGAGGGCGGCGGCGGCGAGGGCAGCGGCGGGGGCGCGGCGCGCGCUCACACCACGGGUGUACGACGAUGACGAUGAUUCGGAAGACGAGGGGGAGGAGGCGGGGAGGAGGAGGCAGGGGGCAGGGGAAGAAGGCGACGAGGAGGAAUGCUCCGGCGUGGGCGAUGGUGGUACUGCCGUGGAGGAGGAGGAGAGCAGCGGUGGAGGAGGCGGAGCGGCAGGGGGGAAACAGCAGCCGCAGCAGCGGCAGCGGAGAGGUGCUGCGUGUCCAGGAGGCGGCGAUAACAGUGACGGCGGAGGUGGUGGAGGCGGCGAUGACGGGGGAGGUACUGUCGUACCGCUGGUUGCGGCCCGGACCAGCUCAGCAGCAGAGGGGUC